UUGUGUGUAACCUACAAAAGGGACUGACUGAGUGGAGCUGGGACACACCUCACACCAGGAAACAGUUAAAUAUACAGUAGAGACUUGUGAGAAUUUUUAACACAGAGAAAGAAGAUAUAAAAGACAGUGUGAGGGGAAAAGCGUGGGAAGUAUAAGAACGAAGCCAAAGGCAAUCCAGAGGGAAGGAGUGCCUAGUGAGACACUGGACUAAGAUGGAAGACUACUCUGUAACAGUAGCGACUGGUACAUCUGAGUAUUCCGGUACUAACAACUACAUCUUUCUGACCCUGGUGGGAGAGAAAGGGGAGAGUGAACGCACACUGCUUGAUAAUCCCGGACUGGACUUUUGUCGAGGAGCAGCAGACAAGUACAAAGUGACUAGUCCUUCUCCUUUAGGCUCCUUGCUUCUGGUAAGACUGGAGAAACAGAGGUAUUGGGUGGAAGACAACUGGUUCUGUCGCUAUGUCACAGUGGAGCACUUAGGUGGGGACACAGUGGUUUUCCCCUGUUACCGCUGGCUUAUAGGAAACGUCAACGUGGAGAUAAGACCGGGAAAAGCUAAGAAACUCAGGGAUGAGUCCAUAGCUCAGCUGCUGGCACAUAGGAGGACAGAACUGCAGGAGAGACAGAAGAUUUACAGAUGGCAAACAUGGGCUCCAGGGGUUCCCAGAUGUAUUGACGCUAAAACAGAGGCAGAUUUACCGCAAGACAGCCGCUUUGAAAAUGAAAAGAGAAGCGACUUUGAACAUUCCUUGCAAUAUGCUUUGCUGGAGUUGUCUCUGAAAAAGUUGGUCAUCAUGUUUGGAAAGUCCUGGAGUGACCUGGAUGAUUUCAAACAGAUCUUCUGGAAGCUGAGAAGCCCAAUUGCUGAGUACUGUAUGGAGCACUGGAAGGAGGACUGGUUCUUUGGAUACCAGUGUUUGAAUGGCUCCAACCCAAGGAUGAUCCAGAGGUGCAAUAAACUGCCAGAUAACUUCCCUGUCACAUCAGACAUGGUGCAGCGCUCCAUGGCGCCCAGAACCAACAUGGACAAAGAACUCAAGGAAGGAAACAUCUACUUGUUAGACUAUGCCAUCCUUGAUGGAAUUCCCACAAACACAAUCAAGGAUAAACCUCAGUACAUUGCCGCUCCGCUCUGUCUCCUGUACCAACACCCAGAUAAUGGGCUCAUACCUAUUGCUAUACAGUUGGAGCAGACUCCAGGCCUGAACACACCCAUAUUCCUUCCCAGAGACCCGCCUCUUUCUUGGCUGUUAGCUAAGAUAUGGGUGCGUCACGCUGAGUUCCAGGUGUUCCAGGUGCUGUCUCACCUACUCAGGACUCACCUGGUGAUAGAGGUGUUUUGUGUGGCUACUCUGAGACAGCUGCCUGCUGUACACCCUAUAUAUAAGCUCCUGGCCCCUCAUCUGCGCUACACUCUCGAGAUCAACACUAGGGGGCGCAGUCAGCUUAUCUCUGCUGAUGGCAUCUUUAAACGGGUCGUGUCCACAGGUGGUGAUGGCGUGUUGGUUCUGGCUCAGAGGGAGUUUAAGAUGCUGACCUACCGCUCCCUCCAGCCCUACAAUGACUUCAGUGACAGAGGAGUGUCCCAGCUCCCAGACUAUUUCUAUAGAGAACACAGUCUGAUGUUGUGGGAGGCCAUACACAGUUUUGUCUCUGGUAUGGUGAGCCUGUACUACCAGUCAGAUCGUGAUGUGACGGAGGAUACGGAGCUCCAAGCAUGGAUCGGAGACAUAACACAGAAGGGGAUGGCAGAGCUCCCCAGCUUUGGUCUGCCAAAUAAGCUCAGCACCAGAGAGGAACUGUCCAACCUGCUUGCAGUGGUCAUCUUCACCAGUACAGUCCAGCAUGCUGCUACUAACAACGGGCAGUUUGACUGGUGUUCCUGGGUCCCCAAUACUCCCUGCACCAUGAGACAACCCCCACCGACUGAAAAGAGUGCGGUUACCAUGGAGAUGAUCAUGGCCUCCCUUCCUGAUGUCAGCCAGUCCUGUUUGCAGAUGGCUAUCACAUGGCAUCUGGGGCGAGCACAACCAGAUGCUAUUCCUUUGGGCCGAUACACAGAGGAGCACUUCACUGAAGCACAAGCUGUGGAGCUGAUCAGUGGGUUCAGAAAAGAGUUGGAGAAGAUCGAAGCUAACAUCCUGAGUCAGAAUGACGGACUGGAGCUGCAGUACCUUUUCCUCCUGCCUAGCCGCAUCGAAAACAGCAUCACUAUAUAGAUUUACAGACUACUCUGUGCAUUAUCUGUUUUUAUGUUGACAUAUUUGUUUUUUUCAUCGACCUUUUAAAAAAGGUAUUCAAUACUGUGAAGAAAGUAAUUAAUUACAAACAAGCAAUGAUUGUUGUGCCCCCGCAGUCUACGUACGUGGAGGUGUGCUGCGGCUGCAGUGUAGUUGUUCGAGGUUGGUUGACAUGGCUUGGUACUGCAUUAUGCAUUUGCACAGUCCAUAAAUGAGUUGAAUGUUACAAUCUGUUACAGCGUGCAUCCUGUGGCUUGUAGGUGGUGCUAUGAUAUUUGUUGAAUUUUGGCAUGUAAUAGGGGUCCCAACAGGUCUCCAAAAAUGUUAAAUAAGUAUUGUGCAGUUUGGACAAGUAGUCAAAUUAGUGGAACUUCUUGUUUCAUAGUCAAAUUGCCACGGGCAUGCUGUUAAAGGAAAACUUGCAUUUAGCACAACUUCGUCGAGUCAGUUUGUUUGCAAUAACCAAAAUUGAAGUUGUUAUGAUUAUUCUCUUGUAUUAGUUCAUUAAAGUAGAAUCUCUGCAAAUAUCAAAAAACUAUAGGGCAAAAACUGUAGGUUGUAACUGCUCAUUACAAUCAACCAACCAACAUCGCAACAAAAAUGCUCAUCUUGAUAUGUUCAACACGGGACUCUUAUAAAACAUGCGAAGUUCAGUGCAGAUUGGAUAAUUUACACUACGCUGCUAUUGCCCUUACACAAGUACAACAAUUUUGACAUAAAUCUCCCAACAAAUAAAUGCAUUUUCUCUCAAUUUCAA